CAUCUUGUUGUCAGAACUUCAGUGACGCGGUGACACUGGAUUUCUGUGUUAUUCAUCCAUGCUCUGCGCCUUUUCUUCGUUUUAUUGCGCUAUUUUGCUAUGAAUGUAACUGAAAGUCAAUGUAGCCGGAUUUUGCCUCCUUUAAAUUAAUUUUGAGUCGCUCGUGGUGUCUUCUUGUGGAGAGUUAGGAAGCAGUGAUCCAUCAUCCGACGUUAAGACCUCUGAGCUCUGAGGAUAAGAUUCUUAUUUAGGCACGGUUACGCAAUCAGGUAAAUACUGGCGUUUUAGACGCACGCCUUUUCUGUUGCGUUUACCUAUCCUUAAUUUCAAAGUCACUGUAUUCUGUUUUAGAAAGAUCAUUCCCGUCCGUGUUCAUGCCCGAUCUGCAGCGCUUCAGUUUUCCAUACCAUAGCAUGAAUCCUUUGUUGGGGGCCACUACGCAUCUCCAACAGCAUCCGCAGCAGAGCCCAGCCUCCGGACACCCAGACUCUCCCUCAGGCCUCCUGCCCGACGCCGUUUUCGGUUUGCCAGACCCUGCAUCCCUUCUUCUCGGUGAGCAGCCCAGCCCAGGGCCUGAACAGCCGGGGCCUGAUUUCACCGCACCCUCACAGACCUCUCCUUUCCUCCACCACAGCCACUUCCAGCACCGCGCUGUGCCGCAUCCCCCCGCAGCCAUGGCUCUUAGAAACGACCUGGGAUCAAAUAUCAGCGUCCUUAAAACUCUCAAUCUAAGAUUCAGAUGCUUUUUGGCUAAAGUGCAUGAAUUAGAGCGCAGAAAUAAGAUUUUAGAAAAGCAACUGCAACAGGCUCUUGAUGCCAACAAGGGCUGUCAAGGUGGAUGCAGUGAUGGCAGAGCACAUACCCAGGAGGCAGGAGUACAGACAGGGUUUGUCGGCACCAUACCCCUCAGGCCUGGCUCCCUCCCCUUCCAUAACACUAACAACUCAGCCAGGAGGCCUACAACACUCUUCCCACCAUCAUUCACCACCACCCUCCCACCCACUGCCUCUGAAAACUCCAGUUCAACCCAAACAAACACAUCCUCAAACCCAGCUAUCACCAUCAGCCAGGCCUCUCCCUGUGUGGACUCCCCUGGUUCUGGCACUAAAAGUGUCACCAACACCGGGACAGGCCAGGAAAGAUCCACCAACCCUCCCCCAAGGUUCCUCCCAGGUACCAUCUGGUCCUACAACCACACCCGCAAGUUUGGCCCAGGUGCAGAGCGUCUGACCAGCCCGGGAGUGUCCUGGGUGCACCCUGAUGGAGUCGGGGUACAGAUUGACACCAUCACCCCUGAGAUAAGAGCCCUGUACAAUGUCCUGGCCAAAGUGAAGAGGGAGCGGGACGAGUAUAAACGAAGAUGGGAAGAAGAAUACACCAUGAGGAUGGAUCUGCAGCAGAAAAUUGCAGACCUACAAGAGGACCUGCAGGAGAGUGAAGGCUGUCAGGACGAGCUGGCUCUCAGAGUUCAGCAGCUCAAGGCCGAGCUGGUCCUCUUCAAAGGCCUAAUGAGUAACAACCUGUCAGAGUUGGACAGUAAGAUUCAGGAGAAAGCCAUGAAGGUGGACAUGGACAUCUGCCGCAGGAUUGACAUCACGGCUCGUCUCUGUGAUGUGGCUCAGCAGAGGAACUGUGAAGAUGUGAUCCAGAUGUACCAGGUUCCUAACAACCAAACAUCCCUAAACUGCCGACGUAAACAAACCCCUCUGUCCUUCAAUGGGAGCGAGUGUGAUGAUCCUGUCAGCACCUCUGAGAGUGAUGGGGGCGUGGUCAAAGAAGAAGAGCACUGCAGCUCGUCAGCCAAUCAGAUCAAUGAGGAGAUGCAGAGGAUGCUGAACCAACUGCGAGAAUGUGAAUUUGAGGAUGACUGUGACAGUCUGGCCUGGGAGGAGACUGAGGAGACGCUGCUUCUUUGGGAGGACUUUCCAGGAUGCCCUUUGCCCCCAGACCCCACCCAUCCAUCCGGAGAGGAAGACUGUCUCGAGAAGGUGAUUAAUGACACUGAAUGUCUGUUCAAAUCCAGGGAGAAAGAAUACCAAGAGACAAUUGACCAGAUUGAGCUGGAGCUGGCCACAGCAAAGAGCGACAUGAACCGACAUCUGCAUGAGUACAUGGAGAUGUGCUCCAUGAAGAGAGGCCUGGAUGUUCAGAUGGAGACCUGCAGGAGGCUCAUCACACAGAGUGGAGACAGUAACUCUCCAGCGCCGGGGUCCACCGAUGACGGCGGUCAGAGAGAAACCGACAGCUCGUCAGCAUCUCCACCUUCCUACUCGAGCACCGGGAGAUCUUGACACAUCCUCACUCCUGCAUCAUUUCAAGGCUGUGAUCAUUUCACCUCGACUCCAUCCAGCUACAGUACCACUCAAUGCAAUACACACCUGUAACUAUGGCAACACAAUGUUUACAUAGCGUCAUGUUCCUUUAUUGAGUCCCAUCGUUUAUUUUUCAUGCCGCACUCACAAUCCAGCUUUGUUUUGAGGAGACUUUGAUCACUGAAUCUGCAACUGAAGAGUAGAGCUAGAGCUUUUUCAUACUGAGUACAGACAUCACUGCCUUGCAGACAAAACAACAGUGAAAUCCACGUUUGUCAGCAAAGAUGUCAACUAAAGGAUCGUCUACUGAAGAUUCAGAAUGUUACAGAUCCUGAAUUGAUGUCCUUGUAGUUUAAGCAGGUUAGUGCUGUAGGCUAUAGCAGGAUUCAUACACACCUGAUAAAACUAAAUAAGCAAAGACAAGAACCUCAAAUAAUUUAUCCAAAUAAAUCUAAAAUUACCUUCUUCCUGUAAAACUACAAAAAAAUCUGUUCAGAUAAAAAUGUAGCAUAUUGAUUAGAUUGAUUGGUGCAUUUGGGAGUGAUAAUGAAGAGCUUUGCCCUUUAAAGUCUAAUGCGAUUUCAUAAUUCAUCAUUUACAUCCUUUUAGCUGCAUUGUAGGGCAUUGCUUUGCAGCAAGCCACAUAAGGAAUCCUUCAUCAUUAAUGAAUCAUAACUUUUCUUAUCAAGUAAAUAAAACUCAUUUUAAAACCACGAGAGUUAUGCCUCUCUGAAUGAUUAUGAACAGGUGGAAUUUCUUUUUAUAUGAAUAAUCAUAUUAAUAAAAUGUAAGAACCUUGACAUUUUUUGCUUUAAAAGCCCUUAAAUUUAAACUCAGUGAUCUGUGAAUAAAACCCACAUCACUCGUCAUGUUGCAACAUAAUCACUGCAGCUUCAGUGACAUGUAAAAAGAAACCACACUGCAAAAUUGUAAUUAUUUGGAAAAACAACAAAGGUGCAAACCCGCCAAGUUAAAUUGUGUCAUUAAAUAAUACGACUGAAAUGCAUUGAAAACUAAAGUUUUAUAAUGAUGAUAUUUUAAAAAAAUUUGGCCUGAUGAAAGAAAUUGGACACAGGUUUGUAGCCGAAGUCUCCAUUAUUGAUGUUAAAUUCAGUCCACACCCUCUUUUGGUCUCUGUUAGCUUCUUUUAGCUGAUCAGGGCUCUUGAAUUCAGAGGUCCCUCUCUGUAACUGUUCCGUAAUCUGCAUUGACACACUGUCAUGAGGAUUUUAUUUAGUUUAAUUUUCAGCAGAAAUGUUUGGAUCACAGUCAGGUCCUGCUGUUGUUUGAGCAGAGCUGCAUGGCUGAACAGAAUCAAGUCAAAAAUAGUUCAACCAGACAACUCAUGUUGAAAUGGUUUGAUAAAUGUAUUGCAGCAGCAGAAAGUAAUUUGUAUUUGGCAUCUAGGCUCUGACCUCAUAACUCCCAGCAGAUUUAUUUACAUGCAGAAAUUAAAAAGUGAAGCUUACAGGUUGAUGAUGGGGCAAUAGUGAGGUUGUAAGCAAGUCCUGGGCUGCUGCUUAAAUAGAGACGAUGUUUGUCAGGUGUUUAAUGAUGCAUGCAACGCGGGAAAUCAGUGCAGCUCAAGUUGUCUGCCUGAACUCCACAGCAGGUGAUGCUCCAUUAUAUGACGAAGAAAAGAUUGCCAUGAACUAAUGUAAGGUAUCCACUGAGUGCCAAAAUAAAAUGGUCAGACUUUAAAGAUCCACAGGGAAAUGCUGUGUAAAAAGUACUAAAAACAGCUGCUGAAGCAGCUCUUCACAAAGGUGCUUGAUGUAUAUAACUAAACCUAUUUUUGAGCCUGUUAAAGUUGCACAUGGAAAGGAAGAGCUAAGCAAAAAUGUAAAUAAACAAAUCAGCACUAUUACCUGUAAAACAUGUAAAAAAGAAAAAAAAAAAAGAAGUGAACUCGUUGGAGAUAGAAAAUACAAUUUCUGCAUCUUUUAAAUGCCAAAGGUGCAGAACUAGAAUAAUAAAUUAACACCGACACAUACCUCAUUUUGAUUUUAUUUAUGCUUCUCGGGCACAUUUAAUAACUAUGAACUUUUAACUCAGACACACUGUAGGAAACCAUACUGUAAGAAACCAUCACAUUUAGGGGAACACCCCUACUUUCGCUGUUAAUUUAUCAAACACUGAUGUCUAAAUAUAGUCCUGGCUGCAAUUUCUUCAAUACGGUUGAGGCAGGUGAAAUGUAUUUCUUCUUCAACCCAUCCUUCCACACUUAAUUUCAGUAAUAGAGAGUACUAGGGUGCUUGUAUAAACUGAUGCAUGUGUUGGCAUUAGCUGAAUGCUAAUUGCUCCUGUUUGAAUAGAGAAGGAGGAUGCCAGAGAUGAACUGUGUGAGGAGUAAAACAUUUCUCUUUGUGUAGGUUUACUUUGACGCACUGAGUGAGUCUCUAUGUAUGCAUGUGCCAGUGUGUAUGUUUAUAUUUUUCGAUUGUUUUGACCGUACAGUGAGUGUUUUUAAAAGACUCUUACUCUGGCACAUAUACAACAUAAGAAGAAGUGAACAGAAAAAGUAGAAACUGAUUCGUUCCAUUUAGGAAAACUGUAAGAUUGAGUCAUCGUUGGAAAAAUUUACUACCAAAAUUGUAAAGAUGUAAGUAUAGAGGAUAUUUUCUUCCUUGAAUGGAUGUAUGUGUUUGCCAAUUAAGGUCAAUUUAAAAAUAACUCAUGUUUAAAAAAUAAAACUAUUGAAAUGCAAAUGCUUCAGCGAAAUGCUAUAAGAUGGCUUUGAUAACAAAUGUGUAAAGGAAACUAGCUUUGAAUAUAAACUUGUGUUUAAAGACUGCUUUAGAGCAAUACCCAGAGUCAGAAACUGGGAAAAUACUCAUUUAAUGGUUAAAUCAUGUUACAAAUUUAAGUCUUCAUGGAAAAUAUGGUAGUUGAAAACAAAAAGGAUGUUUAGUUGUCGAUUCUUCCAACAGAGGAAAAUGACUUGAAUACUGAAUUCAAUUUGUUUAGCAUAAGAAUUCAGGCACCCCAGACAUGUGACAUAGCGACUUUAAACACAAAGACAGUAAACUAGGCUUUAAAGAACUUCACUGCAUUGCUGCAGUAUGCCAUGUGUAAAGAGAGACUGAAAGAAUAAAGAAAUAACUGAGCAACAAGAGCAUGUUGUGUGAUUAUUUCUAAUUCAAUACCUGUAAUCGGACUUAAAAUUAAAGGGUAAUUCCACACAAAUAAUUAUCAAAAAACAUCAGAACUGGCGAUUAUAUUCCUCUGCAGGGUGCAGAAUUGUUAGACAGUGAAAGUACAGAGUGGAAUCAAGCACCUAGCCAUGCAGUCUCCAUUUUCAAACCUGUGUGAUACUAAAUGAAUCAUUCUGGAGAGCUCUGUGACUUCAAGUGUGGUACUGUGAUGGAUGCCACCUUUGCAAUAAGACGGUUUGUGAAAUUUCAUCUCUGCUGGAUAUUCCUCAGUCAACUUUAAGUGAUAUUAUUAGAAAGUGGAAGCAUUUAGGAAUAACAUCAACUCAGCCAUGAAGCUAAAAAUUAUGUAAAAUCACAGGCGGAUGGCCCGUAAAAGUUUAUUCCAUAGCUGAAGAGUUCUGAACUUCUGGUAUUAAUGUAAGCACAAAAACUGCUGCACAGGCUACAUGGGUUUCUAUGGCUGAGCAGCUGCAUGCAAGCCUCACAUCACCAAGUCCACCAGGCGUCGAAUGGAGUGGCGUAAAGCACACAACACUGGACUGUGGAGCAGUGGAAAUGUGAUAUGUGGAGUUAGGAACCAUGCGUUUGGCAGCCAGAUGAGUGAGUCUGGGUUUGUUGGAUCUUACCUGCCUGACCGCACUGUAGCAGCAGUUUGAUGGAGGAGGGAUAAUGGUAUGGGUCUGUUGAGACCUCUUAACUCCCCUGAAGGACAAUCUUAAUGCUUUAGCAUACCGAGACAUUUUGGAUGACGCUAUGCUUCCAGCUUUGUGGCAACAGUUUAGGGAAGGCCCUUUUCUAUUCCAACAAGACUGUGCCCCAGUGCACAAAGCAAGGACUAUAAAGAUAUGGUUUGAUGAGUUCAGUGUGGAAGAACUUAACCAGCCUACACAAAGCCCUGACCUCAACCCCAGCCAGCACCUUUGAGAUGAACAAGAAUGGAGAUGGCUCAUCCAACAUGAGUGCCUGACCUUCUUAAUGCUCCCUGCAUUAUAUCAAGGAUGAACACAUUUUUGUAAUUUAACCCUUUCAUUGGCAAUUUAAGAUCAAAACCCCUGAUGUUUUUAACGCAAAAACACAAAUAAUUAAAUAUUUCUCGUAUACCAAAUGCAAAUUGGAUUCCCUUGAAAGGGAUUAUCACAGUCUUGAUUAGGUUAACAAGGUGAAACAACUUUGAUUUUUAUGUAGUAUUAUUUUUUAAAGGUUAAGAUUUUAAUACAUUCUUACAAUCAGAGUGUAGAUGGCGAAAAAUGGGCUCAGUACAUAAAAAGCAAUAAAUACUGUGUAUUUAAAUUUUUUCACCUUUUUUGCAUUUUUUCAAAUCAAGAUCAGACCUGAUCAUAACUAUCAAUACUGAAAAAUCUAAUUGUGUAACCCUUGCGAUGCAAGUUUGAGAAAAAAAAAAAAAGAAGAUUUUUAUAACGUAAAACUUAUUUGAUUUCUCUAUAUAUGACACGCAAGUUGGAUUUCCUUGAAGGGGAUUAUCAUAAGCUUGAAUGUGUUAGAAAUGAGCAACAACUUUGAUUUUUUUGCAUUAAUAUUUUUCAUAUUUGGAUUUUAAUACAGUCUUACAAUAGUGCUCCUAAAGAAAAACAGGAAAAAUCAUGCAAUCUUCUCCUUUGGCAAAUAUGAAAAAUGGCCAAUAUUUUGUCACAAACUGGAAAUAUGCAAAUCUGAAUCAAUAACUCCAGAAUGAAAGCUUAAUAUUAAAAAAAUGCAUUUUUUUUUUUUUACUUUAAUGGCUGGGGGAAUCACAAAAAAGGCUGUUUUUUUUUACAUUUAUCUGAUUGUAUUCAAAAGUUUUCAAAGUAAUUCA